GCCGCUAGUUUUACGUGGCACUACUGAACGCGCCGUUCGGUCAUAUCGCGGUGAAGCUGCAGGAGACGACAGACCGGCUGUGAGCAGUAUGCUUUUGUGAUCUUGCAGGAUUCUCAUCGAGGAACGGUGCUUGCAGGAAUCAGCUUCCUUCUUGUUCGACGAGGCCUACGCACGAUGUCGACCGCAAUGACUUCGCAUGCGCCUUUCUUCUCUGACGACGCCAGCCGCGUGUGGCUGCCGAGGCGCGACCACCGGACCGAAGGUUGGCCGUUGACCGGCAAUCCCCUGCCGCUCCUCGUGAUCACGGCUGUGUACGUGUACUUCGUCAAGGUGGCCGGUCCCCGCUGGAUGUCGCGGCGCAAGCCGUUCGAGCUGAAGGCCUGCAUCCUCGUCUACAACCUGUCGGCCACCCUCCUCAGCGCGUUCUUCGUGUGCCGUUUCGUGAAGCUCGCUUACUGGGACCUGGGCUACACCUUCCUGCAGGACCUAGACAUGAUCGACUCUCCAGCCAACCUCGAGAUCGUGCACUUGUCCUGGUGGUUUUACAUGUUCAAGGUCUCCGAGCUCGCCGACACCGUGUUCUUUGUGCUGCGCAAGAAGAAUCAUCAGGUCAGCGCGCUGCACGUGGUGCACCACGUGAUUGUCGCGUGGAACAUGUGGCUGGACGUGACCUACGGCGCCCAGUCCCACGAGAUGUUCGUCACGUGCCUGAACACGUUUGUGCACGUGUUCAUGUACACGUACUACUUCAUCGCGGCGCUUGGUCCAGCCUACAAGCGUUUGCUGUGGUGGAAGAAGUAUAUGACCAUGAUGCAGAUCUCGCAGUUUGUCCUUCUGUUCGCGCACGCCGUCGGCAUGGUGUUUGCCAAGGGGAACUACGUUGGCCUCUUCGUGUGGCUUGAGGUGGCGCAAGCGAUCCUAUUCUUCGUAUGGUUCGUGGUGUUCUACAUUCAGGCUUACUCCAGGAAAAAGCUGUAGGUUCAUGCACCACUACGGCAGUGAACAAACGCGCGGUUUCUUUUCCUUUAAGCUUCUUGAACUUUAGCUAUUCGCGCCAUUUUGAAAGUAAGGAGUGGCUGAGACUUACCCCAAGUGUGUUAAAUAUACUGUUACAGGCUUAUAUGAAUGAUCUUUGCAGACAAUAUUGUUUCUGUACCUAGUCACUUGGUGUGCUGUGCUAUAUCAAAUAUAGUUUCGUGGUUUACGUGUU